AUGCCCAGGACCCCCCGCGUCUCCAGCACAGGAGCCCCGGCCUCAGGUCUCUGCCCCCGCGCGGGGCCCGGGCCUCGCGGCCGGAGGGAGCGGCCGGAUGGAGCGGAGGAUGAAAGGCGGAUACUUGGACCAAAAUCUCCCGGAAAUGGGAGCUUGCGCGAAGCGCUGAUGGUCCCGCAGGGGAAACUCAUGGACCCCGGCUCCCUGCCGCCCCCCGACUCCGAAGAUCUCUUCCAGGAUCUAAGUCACUUCCAGGAGACGUGGCUCGCUGAAGCUCAGGUACCAGAUAGUGAUGAACAGUUUCUUCCUGAUUUCCAUUCAGAAAACUUAGCUUUCCACAGCCCCACCACCAGGAUCAAGAAGGAGCCCCAGAGUCCCCGCACAGACCCGGCCCUGUCCUGCAGCAGGAAGCCGCCACUCCCCUACCACCAUGGCGAGCAGUGCCUUUACUCCAGUGCCUAUGACCCCCCUAGACAAAUCGCCAUCAAGUCCCCCGCCCCCGGUGCCCCCGGACAGCCGCCCCUGCCGCCCUAUCCCCGGGCAGAACAACGGAGUUUCGUGAGAUCCUCUGGCACCUCCCAGCCCCCCCCUGGCCAUGGGUACCUCGGGGAGCAUAGCUCCGUCUUCCAGCAGCCCUUGGAUAUGUGCCACUCCUUCACCUCCUCUCAGGGAGGGGGCCGGGACCCCCUCCCAACCCCCUACCAGCACCAGCUGUCGGAGCCCUGCCCACCCUACCCCCAGCAGAGCUUCAAGCAGGAAUACCUUGACCCCCUGUACGAACAGCUGGCCAUGGGCCAGGGUGGGGUCAAUGGGCACAGGUACCCAGGGGCGGGGGUGGUGAUCAAACAAGAGCAGACGGACUUCGCCUAUGACUCGGAUGUCCCUGGGUGUGCGUCAAUGUACCUCCAUGCAGAGGGUUUCCCCGGACCCUCUCCAGGGGACGGGACCAUGGGCUAUGGCUAUGAGAAACCUGUGCGACCAUUCCCAGAGGAUGUCUGUGUCGUCCCUGAGAAAUUUGAAGGAGACAUCAAGCAGGAAGGGAUGGGAGCAUUCCGAGAGGGACCACCCUACCAGCGCCGGGGUGCCUUGCAGCUGUGGCAGUUUCUGGUGGCCCUGCUGGAUGACCCAACGAACGCUCACUUCAUCGCCUGGACGGGCCGGGGGAUGGAGUUCAAGCUGAUCGAGCCUGAGGAGGUCGCCAGGCUCUGGGGCAUCCAGAAGAACCGGCCCGCCAUGAAUUACGACAAACUGAGCCGCUCCCUUCGAUACUAUUACGAGAAAGGCAUCAUGCAGAAGGUGGCCGGAGAGCGCUACGUAUACAAGUUUGUGUGCGAGCCUGAGGCCCUCUUCUCCCUGGCCUUCCCUGACAACCAGCGUCCAGCUCUCAAGGCCGAGUUUGACAGGCCGGUCAGUGAGGAAGACACAGUCCCUUUGUCCCACUUGGACGAGAGCCCUGCCUACCUCCCAGAGCUGGCUGGCCCUGCCCAGCCCUUUGGCCCUAAGGGUGGCUAUUCCUACUAG